AUGAAUGAAGCAAGCGAAGGGUCACCUUCAGAUGCAAAUAUCUACAUAGACAAAAAGUUUAUGCUUAUUAAACAAAUUGGGGAAGGCGGUUUUGGAGGAAUUUUCCUUUGCCAAGACAUUUCCAGUAGAAGUUACUGUGCUAUAAAAAUUAACCGUAUGAACGAAACCCAGGAAAUCGAGAGUGAAAUUGAGCUAAUGAACCAUUUCGACCACCCUAAUGUCCUCUCCAUUAUUGAUUACUCUAUCAAGAAAGGAGUGCUCCACGAACAAAAUGAGACCGUUGUCUCAGACACUGUGAGUUAUAUGGUAAUGCCACUUGCUAAUUUCGGUGACCUUGGUAGAUACCUUCGUGGAGAUUACUAUUUUGAAGAACCUAUAGCAUGCUAUAUUUUUCAAAAACUAUUUUAUGGGAUUAGUCAUAUUCACGACAAAGGCUAUGUACACCUCGAUAUAAAACCUGAUAAUAUUCUGAUUACCAAAGAAAUGGACUUUAAAAUAGGAGAUUUUGGCCUAUCUCAGCCUUCAAAGGGAGAAGACGGUAACGGAAUUUUUUCCAAACGCCGUUGUGGUACUAAAUCCUUCUGGAGCCCAGAAAUUGCCCUAGGAUUUGAGUAUAAUGGUGAGCAAGCUGACUUAUAUUCACUCGCAAUUAUGUUAUUCAUUAUUGUAUUUGGAUGCAGACCGUUUAGAGAAAUCAAGACAGAUGACCCUCUCUUUAUGAAGCUGCUGAAGGAGCCUCUGGCUUAUUGGAUGGCCCACCCCUACACCAGAAACAGGAUCAAGGAGAGGACGGUAUCAGAAGAGGUAGUUGAUUUACUAGCAAGAAUGCUUAUGGUGAACCCUGAGUCAAGACUCUCCAAGUCGGAUAUUACCAAGCAUCCCUGGUUUAAAAAGUACAAUGAAGAGAUCUAUAGCCAAGAGGACGAAGAAUUUCAAUUCGCACCAGAAAUUUUAGAUGAAGAAGAUGACGACGACUUCGUUCCCGAAGAGGACCUAGACUCUAACUCUGAUAACAGUGAAGAUGUCUCACUAAAGUCAGAGACGGAUAGGAGCCAAAGCGAGUGCGAUGUUGAAGCCAUACUAGAGGUGGAUAUGGUCCCUUCAGCCUCCUUCAUUUCCAAAGUGAAGCAAGUAUUAACAUCAAUUAGGUCUAGCUCUUAA